AUCUUUUUUGUUGUUUUUGGGCUUUGGGGUGCCUAUUUGAGUUGUUGAUAUGAUUUAUCUGUUUUGUAUUCUUGAUAAUUUUGAUUCUAGUAACAAGGUGUUGAUCAUGAUCAAAAGGGGUUGCUUCAAUUUGUUGCUUUUCUUUUUCCCCUUUAUUUUCUUGGGUAUUUUUGUUACUUCCUUAAAGUUAUCAUCUUUAUUUGAUUUACCAAUAGUGAAGUCUGAAGUCCAGAGUUGACUUUUGUGUUUAUGUGGUCACUAUGCAUCUCCUUUGUUUUUUCAGUUGGGACUGGUGUAAUGAACCUAAAUGGGCUUUGUUUCUUUCUUGUGGUGAAUAAUUGGUGAUAAUAUGCUUGUUUUUGGUUUUAGCAUUUUGGUAAUUCAUUUGUGAUGGAUGGAGAUUUUUCUAGGAUAUCUAACAAAGGGUAUGUUUUGCUGAAAUUGUUGAACUUAAGUAAAUGGGAUAAAGCGCGCUUGAACUGCUUCGUGCUUGGAAGUUAGAUGCUUAUUGAAUGCUUGAAGAUUAUCCCCAACCUCUGGUUGGUGAUUUUUCCCGGAAUUCUAUAGCAGAAUCUUCUUCAACAUUCAGUUCAGAAGUUGGUCAUGCUACUCAACCUGAGACAGGAUCCUCAUCAGAAAGCACUAGUGGUCUUAGUCAUGAUGCUUUUGUUGAAUAUAAUUUGAUAAAUGCCGAAGUGAACAUCAAUAAUACAUGCAUUUCAAAUGAAAAACAUUCAAUAUGUGACCAGGCUAGAGACAGCUUGGCUGCAGCUGUUAGUACUGAAUCUUUGACACACUUGAAUACUGAAGACUCUCACACUGUGCCAGAAGAGUGCAGAAGCUCAUGUUCACAUGGGGAUUCAAUCGAGAAUCACGGGGAUGUGCAUAUUGAGUCAAGUUCUGAUUCUAGAUCUAUUUCUGUUACUUCUGACUCUAUACCAAGGCAUCAAUUUCUCGAGGGUGAUACCUCUGAAGAAGCAACAACUUCAGGUUCGGGAUUUCUUUUGCUGGAUAGUGAGCUUGGAGUAAACUCAUCUCAAGAUGUGCUACAUGUUGAUGUGGUGAGUAUCUCUUCCAACAUUUUAUCUAGUAGCAUUGCUGAUAUAGGUAGUCAAGAAACAAGAAGAAACAGUAGGCGGCUCUUUUGGGAUGCUAUAUCAAGACUCAGUUUAAGAAGGCAUAGUGAUUCUCCAACCAUUGUUUUCGCAACUGGUCAUGCUGAUGAUCUAGGAUCUCGUGACAGAUGGCUAAUUGAUUUGAAUGGUGAUCUCCAUUAUGAUGGGGUUGGAUUUGAUUCUGGUUAUGGGGCUGGUAGGAAUCAUCGCAGAAGUGAACAAAGACAGACAACAAGAUCUGAGACAUCUGAAAGAGUUCUUGAAGGCCUUGGUAACCGAGUUCCACAACAAAAUCUUUGCUCAUCAGGCCUUCAUCCUGAUGGUUCAUGUUCGUGUGAACCAUUACUUACAACUGAAGAGUUCAGUACCCUUGCAAGUAUUUCACGAAUAAUUAUACUAGCAGAGGCCUUAUUUGAGGUCCUCGAUGAGAUCCAUCAACAAUCUUUCACACUUUCGCUAUCUACGCUCUCGCUUCCAGCUCCAGAUUCUGUUGUGGACUCAUUUCCUCUCAAGUCUCACAAGAAGUUAGGAGCUAUAGACAAUGCUCCCACUGAUAUCCAACAGUGCCACAUUUGUUUGGCUGAGUAUGAGGAGGGAGACAAACUGAGGGUGCUCCCUUGUCGCCAUGAAUAUCAUAUGCAUUGUAUCGAUAAAUGGCUUAAGGAAGUAAACCGGGUCUGCCCAGUUUGCAGGUGCAAUGUUUGUGAGAAUCCCGCGAUUGGUUCUGUCUCGAAUUCAGAAGCUUCUUAACAGUGGUGCUAAACUGUGUAAAUAUAGAACAGAACAGGUUUAGGUGAAAAUGUAAAAAUGUUGGAUUGAAUUGUGUUAAUAUAGCUGCAAGAAUUGUAAAUAUAUAUGAUGAUAUGUGUAUAGGUAAAAUUGGGUUGAAGAGUUUCUAUUAGCUGUGAAAAUUUCUUCUUU